ACCUACCUACCUACCUACGCAAGCGGCAAAGGUCAUCUCAACAUCCGUCCUUCACUGUACGGAACGAACUGCCGGGACCAGCACGGACUGACUGACUGUCUGUCUAUUCUUACCAUCCCCACGCCCCUCCUCCACAUCGAAUUGGACGUGUGACCCUUCCUCUUUUGUUCUCCUCUGUUCCUUUUAAAACAUUGCAGAUGGGCGCUGCUGCUUGACAGCCCCAGGUUGCCCAACAUUCAUUCCUCAAACCCAAGCCGCAUUGCCUCCAAUAUACCCCUUCAGACAAUACACGGCAACCAUAACUCCUCGGCAGCCGACCGAGGCGAGCAGUCCGAAUCACUACUGCCGGCCGAACAUCGGCCGACCGCCCGUGGCGUCUAUAACCCCUCCCAAACGGUCCGACAUCGCCGCAACGCCUCAACCGGCUCAGAGCCUACCUCGUUCGCUGGAUCCGAAUCAUCUUGGACAGACACAGGCGACAUUGCCGAGCAGCUAACCGCAGAGGACCCUCUUCGUGACCGUCUCCUGGACGAGCCUACCCACGCCGAUUUCAUUGCCGGCAUUGUGAAGCGUCAAUCUCAACACAAGAAACAUAAUCGUGUUCGAUACCAAGAGCCCGCAACUUCGUCUCGCAACCGCUCGACGUCACCAUACCAGCAUCACCGCGCUGGCCUCGUUAAUAAGGAAGCAAUACACAUACCAGACGCUAUCGUUCCUGAACAGUCCAGGGCUGAGCGCACAAUAGCCCGCAUCAUGUCGGGCGGUUCAAGUCCCAUCCAUGGCCUCACCGGCAAACCCUUGAUCUACUUCACAAGCGUCUUCGUGUCGCUGGGAGUGUUCCUUUUUGGAUAUGAUCAAGGAGUAAUGUCGGGCAUCAUCACAGCACAGGUGGGUGCUAUGGUUGCCAUCCUCGAGGUCGGCGCAUUCGUCUCGUCCCUCAUGGUUGGAAGAAUUGGCGACAUCAUUGGUCGCCGACGUACGAUUCUCUAUGGCUCCAUGGUCUUCUUCGUCGGCGGUGCCAUGCAGACACUGGCCACAGGCUUUGAAAUGAUGAUGGUCGGGCGUGUUAUAGCUGGUCUCGGUGUUGGUAUGCUAUCAACCAUUGUACCAGUAUACCAGUCAGAGAUCUCGCCCCCGCACAACCGAGGAAAACUUGCUUGCAUCGAGUUCACUGGAAACAUCUUCGGUUAUGCGACCUCAGUCUGGGUGGAUUACUUUUGCGGCUUCAUUACCAGCAACAUAUCAUGGAGGCUGCCUUUGAUGAUGCAGUGCAUCAUGGGUGCCCUACUUGGUCUGGGCAGUCUGAUCAUUGUUGAGUCCCCAAGAUGGCUCUUGGAUAACGACCACGAUGAGGAAGGAAUUGUUGUCAUCGCAAACCUCUAUGGCGGAGGUGACAUCCACAACUCAAAGGCGCGAGAAGAGUUCCGCGACAUCAAAAUGGACGUACUGAUUCAGCGUCAGGAAGGGGAAAGAUCGUACAGCGAAAUGUUCAAGCGUUACAGGACGCGUGUGUUCAUUGCCAUGUCUGCGCAGGCCCUGGCUCAGCUGAACGGCAUCAACGUUAUUUCAUACUACGCGCCAUACGUCUUCGAGUCGGCUGGAUGGGUAGGCCAUGACGCUGUGCUGAUGACGGGUAUCAAUGGCAUGACCUACCUACUCUCGACCGUCCCACCAUGGUACAUCGUUGAUUCUUGGGGCCGUCGGCCUAUCCUGCUCAGUGGUGCGGCCAUGAUGACCGGCUCGCUGGCUAUGAUAUCGUAUUUCCUCUACCUCGAUAUUAAGCAGACGCCGAUGCUUGUUGUCAUAUUCGUUAUGAUCUACAACGCCGCAUUCGGAUACUCGUGGGGUCCCAUCCCCUGGUUGUACCCACCAGAGAUUCUCCCCUUGAGCAUCCGAUCCAAGGGAGCUAGUCUUUCAACUGCUACAAACUGGGCAUUCAACUGGCUGGUCGGGAUGAUGACACCAAUCCUUCAGGAUGUUAUUCAUUGGAGGCUAUACCUUGUGCAUGCCUUCUUUUGCGCUUCCAGUUUCGUUAUUGUGUACUUUAUCUAUCCUGAGACUUGUGGCGUCAAGCUCGAAGACAUGGCUAGUCUCUUUGGUGACAGCACCACAGCGAUGGGCACUCCAGCAACGAUGGGAACACCUGCCCAGGACCCAGAGACAGGAUCUCUUCUUCGCCCCGGCUCCCCUAUUCCACACCUAGACAUUCGCAAUGGCUCUGGAGGUCCCUUUGGAGCGGCCGGUGCUAUUCCUGGGCUGAAUAUUGACCCGCCUGACCAAGCCGCUGUCGAUGCCAAGAACACUCGGGACGCCCAGGAAGGCGGUGGUGGCAUUGGGGCCUGGCUGUCUAGACUGAUGGGCCGCGGCAGGUCCCGCAAUGGAGAGUCAAGUCGCGAUGGUGGUCGUUACACUGCCAUCGGCCAAGGAGAUGAUUGAGUAGCUAGAGUGGUGGAAGUAGCCAACGGAAAACAGAGCGUAAUCAACCUCGGGCGCUGUAAAUUUUUGGUUUAUUGCGUCGCUCUAGCUUAAGGGGAUGGUCUUUUGAAGACGCACUCCUUUCUCAUUUAUCGAACUCGGAUCUACUUGCAUAUAGAACGGCGUCGAGCCAGUCGAGCAUAGCUGUCGGAGUAAUCCAAUGGCAUGAUCGGGAUUUUGGGUGUUUAGGGUGGCUUAGACAAGCGAAGGGCAUGGUGUUAAACAAUCAUCUGCCCGUGUCAGAUAGUGAAUAGUGAAUUUACCUAUGUUUGUUUUGGAAAGA